GCCGUUUCUGGAAGGAUGGCGGUGGAUGUGAAGUCCCGGGCGAAGCGCUACGAGAAGCUCGAUUUCCUGGGAGAGGGACAGUUUGCCACUGUAUAUAAGGCAAAAGACAACACGGACGACAUUGUUGCAAUUAAGAAGAUUAAGGUUGGUCACAGAUCAGAAGCUAAAGAUGGAAUUAAUAGAACAGCCCUGAGAGAAAUCAAAUUAUUACAGGAACUCAGCCAUCCAAAUAUUAUAGGACUUCUUGAUGCUUUUGGCCACAAGUCCAACAUCAGUCCUGUGUUUGUUAUGGAGACCGAUUUAGAGGUGAUAAUAAAAGAUACUAGUCUUGUGCUCACUCCUGCAAAUAUAAAAGCAUAUAUGUUAAUGACACUCCAGGGUCUAGAAUAUCUUCAUAUGCAUUGGAUUCUACAUAGGGACAUGAAGCCCAACAACUUAUUAGUGGAUGAUAAAGGAAUCCUCAAACUUGCUGACUUUGGUUUGGCCAAAUCAUUUGGAAGCCCCAAUAGAAUGUAUACACAUCAGGUAGUAACAAGGUGGUACAGAUCACCAGAGUUAUUGUUUGGAGCAAGAAUGUAUGGUGUUGGAGUAGACAUGUGGGCAGUUGGUUGUAUAUUAGCUGAGCUGCUUCUUCGGACACCAUUUUUACCUGGCGAUUCAGAUCUAGAUCAGCUGACAAAAAUAUUCGAAGCUUUGGGCACUCCGACAGAAGAACAGUGGCCUGGAAUGACCAGCCUUCCAGACUAUGUAUCGUUUAAAAGCUUUCCUGGAACUCCAUUUGAACAUAUAUUCAGUGCUGCUGGGGAUGACUUACUUGAAUUAUUACAAGAUCUGUUUACUUUUAAUCCAUGUACAAGAGUAACAGCUACACAGGCACUGAAGAAGAGGUAUUUUAGUAAUCGUCCGGGACCAACAGCAGGACCUCAAUUGCCCCGACCCAAUUGCUCAACAGAAGCCUUAAAGGAACAAGAGGUUAAGGCAGGUUUCAAGCGUAAACGAACUGAAAACCUGGAGCAAGGCGGCCUGGCUAAGAGAUUAAUUUUCUGACCUUUGUUGUUGACUGCUGAUGAUACUGGACAGAAAUGGAACCAACGUGCGAUAAAACAUUAAAUACCAGUUACAUAUUGUAACUCAAGGACUUAGCUGCUGUGUACAAAGUGGAGUAGAUUUAUUACAUUCAAAAGAGCCUUGAUUUGUACUUGUGAAUAACGAUGUCUCGGUAAUUUUUCCAAUAAAUAUUUAA